UCUGAUAAAAUAUACCGCAAUCAAGUUAUGUUUCAUCUCACUGAGUGUGGUCACUAUGUUCUACUGAAGAACUGCAUCAAAUAUUUACAAGUUACUAUUACAGUGUGUCAUGGCUCUACUAUUUCUGAUGUUCCUUUUCCUGAAAUUCAAAAGUUUCUUUCACAGCAUUUGUCAAUUGUUAUAACCAAGUUGAGAUAUUCUGCCAGUAAAGUAGGUCAUUCAUUUGGUUUCUAUUGUACAUUAGAGGAUCAUGCUACAAGUGAUCCUCAUAUAGCCCAGUGUAUCAGUAAUGUGCAGAAUCCACAUAUAAAGUGUAGUGACAGUCCUUCUCCAAUGACAGCAUCACUGACUCCAGAGCAAGCCAUCUGGUUCAAAGAUGAUUCUAACACAUUAAGAACAACCUUUGAUAUAACGCAUCUCUCUAUGGUUAUUCAGUUUCUAAAUAAAGAGCAUUAUGAUGUAGCUACUUGGCAACAGUUAGGACUAGCACUGGGAAUCUAUCAACCAACACUUAACAAGAUUGAGAGUGAUGCCAGAGGUAAAACAGAAGACUGCUUAAGAGAAUGUCUGUCAUCUUGGUUACGUCAAGAAGAUAGUGUGAAAGAGAGUGGAAUACCCAAUUGGUAUACUUUAGCAAAAGCACUUGAUUCUAUUGGACAACACAGUAUUGCUGAUCUAGCUUAUGUUAAGCAUUAACUUAUACACACAUGAACCAAAAACUAUGCAUUACUAAGCACACACACAAACUAGCUGCAACAGACAUACC